UUUCGAGUUGUGUGUGGGUCACCUGUGAGAGAGGCCAAGUGUCACUGUCCCUUCCACGCGCCUAAGUGUUACAUGCCCGUCUCUCUGUACUCGUCUCUCCGACCGUCCGUCUCUGUGUUGUGACUUGCAUUGUUUCAAAAGAACAUAUUUUUCUUGGUGUUUCAGAGUAGUACCCGUUUCACGGCUUGUCAAUUCUCACUAUUUCAAGUCGUCAUGGUUUUUCGUCCUCUCAUGCAUUUGCUGCCGUUGUUAUUCUUCCUACUACAGGAGAGUGGCGUGUGCGUAGGCCGGUCAGCUGCUGUACCAGAAGGCUGCUCUGUGCUCCCCGACAGCAUCCCGGGAGCCAUUGUGUGUUGCAAGCCCCUCCAUCACCAGCACAUGCACCACACUGCCUCACUCACACCCACCACCACCACCACCACCACCACAGGUGAGGACGACUGCACCCAGUACCUCCCUAAGGAAAGAUACCGGGAUCUGAAGGGAGUGUGGCCUCUGCGCCGCUACAACACAGUCCAGCACACCUUCAGUAGCAUCGUAACCAGCGAGAAAAGGUUGGAUGGAUGCUGCUGUGGGGAGGAAGUGCGGCUGGAGCUGCCCACCACCCUCGUCACGUCUCAAGGAGAGAGCGUGGUGGUGGCACAGGAGACGCAGAAAGGAUACGUGCAGCCGGUCCUUGUACGCACGUGCCAUUCUACUACUUGUAGUACGGUCUUGGAGGAGUCACGGAUACAAAUGGAAAGUUUCGAGUGUACACAGGAGAUGACGCUACAGGACAUGUACGUGGAUGAUAAGCACUACGAGGGACACUUGAGGAUGACGCGGGUGUUGGUACCCAGCCAGUGUCGGUGCGAGACUCCCCGCCACGUUGACUUGGACUCUGAGGCACGUAUUUCUAUAUCUGAACAGCAAAUGCUCCUGCCAUCUUCAAAUCUUGUGUCCAAGACACUCGAGCACGAGAGAAUAGAGAUGGUAACUAGGGAACCAACAACAGUGGAGGUGACAGAAUUUGCUAAAAGAAAGGAAAUGCAAGGAUUGGCUCAAGAGCAACGUCAGACUACUCAAAUCAACCAAAAAGAUGAUGGAAACCUGUCCCGUAAUAUACAACUCUCUUCACAUAAGUCUUUGCCAGUCUUCCUAAGAAUGAAACGCAGCACUCCGUAUUCGGACAUACUGCCUGUCCCACUAGUGAUAAACUUUUACUUGAACCAAAUUUGGCCGAACGCGUCGUGCACGAUCUCUCCUUCGCUUUACAGUCAUAUGAAUGACAUCAUGGCUGAGCUUCCUCACGCCUUCUGGCAAGCGGGAGGCACAGCAGAAGAAGUGGAUUUGGCGUUACUGGCUGGAGCUAUAUUCGCUGGGAUGUCGGAAUGCUGGACGCAGAAUGUGACCUGCGCCAUGCAGACCGGCCAUUUAGCAAGCCUGAUGGUGGCGAGCUGGCGUGCUGCUGCCAUACUGAAAGACCACAUCCUGAGUGCUUCCAAGACUUUGAUGGAUUUGACUCGAUCAUACGAAGCCACGAUGAGCAAAGAUCUCAUGAACUGGGCCUUCGGCGACAUGAACACCAAUACUACAGACACUGUAGCAGCUGCAACAAAAAUGGACACAACCGAAGCCAAGUCCGACGUCAUCACCCACACGCCCAUCACUACCUUUGAUAACACAGAUAGACAAACCACCGAUGGUGUAACAGAUAUCACCACCACUGCCACCGACAUCAUGUCCGCAACAACCACAGCUGACGACAUCCUACAAAAAACAGCCACCUCAGCACAAGAUUCAGAAAAGAAAUACAACGCCUUCAGUGCCACAGAGACCACACAGACAGCCACUACCGCCGCUGGCACUGCAGCACAGAUGACCACCACUGCUACUGAUACUACAGAAGAGACGACCACCAUCGCCACUGACACCGCAGCAGAGAAGACUAACACCGACACUGGCACUGCAGCAAAGAUUACAACCAUCAACACUGGCACUGCACCACAGACGAUCACCACUCUCACUGGUACUGCACCAGAGACAACCACCAACGCUGCUGGUACUGAACAAAAGACGACAACCACAGCAACUGUUACCUCAGCAAAGAUGACGACCACCAUCACUACCCCGGGUACCCCAAAAGACACAACUAAUCAUGCCCUUGGUAAGGUAGCAGAGACGAACAACACUGCCCCUGGUACCCCAGCAGAGACGACUACCACCAUCACCACUAACACCAUCACCGCCCCCCCUGGCACUGCAGCAGAGACAUCCAAAGCCACCGCCACCGCUGGCAUGGCAGCUGAGACCACUACCUCAACCGCCGCUACUGGCACUGCAGCAAAGACAACCAGCACCACCACCACCGCUGGAAGUAGAGCAGAGAUGACCUCUACCACCGCCGCUAGCACAGUAGCAGAAACGACCAUCCCAACCACCAACGCUGCUGGCACUGCAGAAGAGAUGACCAGCACCACCACGACCACGACCACCUACGCUGCUGACAGUGCAGCAGAGACGACCACUACCGCCGCCGCCGCUGCCGCCACCGCUGCUGGCGCUACAACAGAUAGGACCACCACCAACACUACCGCUGGCACUGCAGCAGAGAAGACCACUACCACCGCCGCCGCUGGCACUGCAGCAGAAACAACCACCACCACCGCCGCCGCCGAUGGCCCUCCAACAGAGACAACCACCAUGAUCGCCGCCGCUGGCACUGCAGCAGAGACUACUACCAGCACCACCGCAGCUGGUACUGCAGUAGAGACAACCACAACCACCACCGGCGCUGGCACUGCAGCAGAGACGACCACCAAAACAACUGCAGCUGGCACUGCAGCAGAGAACACCACCACUACUGCUGCCGCUGGCACUGCAGAAGAAACGACCACAACCACUGCUGCCGCUGGCACUGCAGUUGAGACGAUCCCCACCAGUGCCGCCAAUGGCACUGCUGCAGAGACGACCACCACCACUGAGGCCGCUGGCACUACAGUAGAGACGACCACCAGCACCAUUGCCGCUGGCACUGUAGCAGAGGCGAUCACCAAGACCAUCGGCACUGGCACUGCAGCAGAGAUGGCCACCACUACAACCGCCGCUGGCACUGCAGCACAAACGACCACCACCGAAGGCACCGCUGGCACUGCAGUAAAGUUGACAAUCACCACCGCAGCCUCUGGCACUGCAGCAGAGACGACCACCGCCUCCGCUGCCACUGCAGCAGAGACGACCACCACCACCACCGCCGCAGCCGAUAGUGGCGCUGCAGCAGAGACCGCAACUGCCGCUGACACUGCAGCAGAGGCGACCACCACCACCACAAACGCUGGCACUGAACCAGAGACGACCACCACCACCACCACUGCCGUUGGCACUGAAACAGAGACGACCAACACCACCACCGGCACUGGCACUACAGCAAAGACGACCACCACCACCGCCACCGCUGGCACUGAAACAGAGACAACCACUAACACUGCCGCCGUUGGCACUGCAACAGAGACGGCCACCACUACUGAUCCCGCUGGCACUGCAGUAGAGACGAUCACCAGUGCCACCGGAGCUGGCACUGUAGCACAGCAGACCACCACCACCACCACCACCACAAACGCCGUCGCUAGCACUGCAACAGAGACGACAUCCACCACCGCCGCCAUUGGCACUGCAGAAGAGACAACCACCACUAUCACAGACGCUGGCACUGUAGUAGAGACGACCACCACCAACACUGCCGCCGGCACUGGAGAAGACACGACCAACAUCAUCACCGCCUCUGGCACUGCAACAGAGACAACAAUCACCAACACAGCCGCUGGCACUGCAACAGACACGACCACCACCACCACCGCCGCCGUUGGCACUGCGGCAGAGACGACCACCACCACCACUGCCGCCGGCACUACAGCAAACACGACCACCACCACCACAUCCGCCGCCGUUGGCACUGCAGCAGCCACCACAUCUGCCGCCGUUGGCCUUGCAGCAGAGACGACCACGAUCACCACUGCUGCCGGCACUGGAGAAGACACGACCACCACCACCGCCACCGCCUCUGGCACUGCAACAGAGACAACCACCACCACCACCGCCGCUGGCACUGCAGCAGAGACAACCACCACCACCACCAUCGCCGCUGCCACUGCAGCAGAUACGACCACCACCACCGCAGCCACUGGCAAUGCUCCAGAUAAGACUACCACCACCACAGCUGUUGGCACUACUCCAGAUACGACCACCACCACCACAUCCGCCGCCGUUGCCCUUGCAGCAGAGACGACCACCAUCACCACUGCUGCCGGCACUGCAGCAGACACGACCACCACUACUGCCGCCGCUGGCACAGCUGCACAGACUGCCACCACUGGCACAGCUGCACAGACUGCCACCACUGGCACAGCUGCACAGACUGCCACCACUGGCACAGCUGCACAGACUGCCACCACUGGCACAGCUGCACAGACUACCACCACUGGCACAGCUGCACAGACUGCCACCACUGGCACAGCUGCACAGACUGCCACCACUGGCACAGCUGCACAGACUGCCACCACUGGCACAACUGCACAGACUGCCACCACUGGCACAGCUGCACAGACUGCCACCACUGGCACUGCAGCACAGACUGCGACCACGGCCGCUGGCACUGCAGCAGAGACGACCACCACCACCACUGCCGCCGGCAUUGGAGAAGACACGACCACCACCACCGCCACCGCCUUUGGCACUGCAACAGAGACAACCACCACCACCACCGUCGCCGAUGGCACUGCAGCAGAUACGACCACUACCACCGCAGCCGCUGGCACUGCUCCAGAUAAGACUACCACCACCACAGCUGCUGGCACUACUCCAGAUACGACCACCACCACCACAGCUGCUGGCACUACUCCAGAUACGACGACCACCAACACAGCCGCUGGCACUGCAGCAGAUACGACCACCACCACCACCACAGCCGCUGGCACUGCAGCAGAUACGACCACCACCACCACCUCAGCCGCUGGCACUGCAGCAGAGACGACCACCACCACCACCACAGCCGUUGGCACUGCAGCAGAUACGACCACCACCACCACAGCCGCUGGCACUGCAGCAGAUACGACCACCACCACCACAGCCGCUGGCACUGCAGCAGAUACGACCACCACCACCACAGCCGCCGGCACUGCAGCAGAUACGACCACCACCACCACAGCCGCUGGCACUGCAGCAGAUACGACCACCGCCAGCACAGCCACUGGCACUGCAGCAGAUACGACCACCACCACCACAGCCGCUGCCACUACAGCAGAGAUGACCGCCAGUACCACCGCAGCUGGCACUGCGGCAAAGACAAUCACCACCACCAUCACCGCUGGCACUGCAGCAGAUACGACCACCACUACCACAGCCGCUGACACUGCAGCAGAUACGACCACCACUACCACAGCCGCUGACACUGAAGCAGAUAUGACCACCACAGCCGCUGACACUGAAGCAGAUACGACCACCACUACCACAGCCGCUGACACUGCAGCAGAUACGACCACCACUACCACAGCCGUUGGCAUUGCAGCAGAUACGACCACCACUACCACAGCCGCUGACAUUGCAGCAGAUACGACCACUACCACCACAGCCGCUGACACUGCAGCAGAUACGACCACUACCACCACAGCCGCUGACACUGCAGCGGAUACGACCACCACUACCACAGCCGCUGACACUGCAGCAGAGACAACCACCACCACAGCCGCUGCCACUACAGCAGAGAUGACCGCCAGUACCACCGCCGCUGUCACUGCAGCAGAGACAACCACCACCACCACAGCUGCUGGCACUGCACCUGAAACAGCCAUCACCACCACAGACACUGGCACUGCAGCAAAGACUACCACAACCACUACCGCCGCUGUCACUGCAGCUGAGACGGCUACCACCAUUACAACCUCUGGCACUGCAGUAAAGACGACUUCCACUACUGCAUCUGACACUGCAGCAGAGACAACUACCACCCCCUCAGACAUUACAGAAGAGACGAGCGCCAUCCUUACCACCACCACCACUACUACCAUCACAGCCUCGGAGGACCAAGCGUCUCUUGACGGCACCACCACCUCGCCACCCAGCAACGUCGUCACCCACGGCCCACUGCAGGGGAUGACGUUACCGUUUGCCGAAUUUAUGCCUUUGGAAGUAGAUGUUUUACAGCUUUCGCACAUAUUGUUUAGUAGGCUAAUGUAAUUGCUUCCUGUUAAACUUCUCCAUACGUUUUCAAAAGUUUCCUUGUAAAAGUAUCAGUGUAAGUUGUUUUUGCCUCUGUACUGGAAUAGGAAAAUUGUCUUCAUAAACACAUUUCAUUCACUUUGGCCAGUCUAUGGAUACCAUGUUAGGCGAUGAAGCUAAACCAAACUCCAACCACCAGAUUUCUUUUUCCUGUUUAUUUACUCUGAGUCAACAAUAUAUAAUCGUAAGUUUUGUAACAUGUUUGCCACGCAAUUAAAACGUUUAAGCCUAA